UCCCGGACGUUUCAUGUGCGCUGCGGUUACUUCACUUCAGCUCGAUCACCGUUUGGCUUCACUUCACUACAAACUUGUAAAAGCGCCUGGCCGACGGAAAUGCGCGCAGGAGCCACCAGCUGUGUGGGAACGGGGAAGCGGUUCCGGUGCUGAAGUGUCAAAGGUCUGAUCUGAUCCUACCUGGAGCGACUCUCCGGUUUCACUGCGGGACGCCACUGCGUCAGCAACAGCUGUCCUGCAGCCACGCACCGGCUGCCAGAAGGGGAGAAUUACGUCCUCGGUGGAAGGCUUCGCGGAAGACUUGAUUUUUUUUUUCAAGUUUGUUGGAUUCUGUGGGAAUAUUUGCUUUACCGUGCAAGGAUCCACCAGUUUAAAGGAGAAUAAACCACUGUGUCUGUACUAUCAGGAGCCUAACCUCAGCUGCUCCAGACGAAACCAGACUGGUUGCUAAACACAUCAAAGGAUCUCCUUCUAGGGAAACCCCGGUGUGGUGGUAUCCCUUCGCGAUGCGAAGAUGGCGCCCCUGCUCCCUCCCCCAGGCACCGAUAUGUUCCGCCGUUUCACCCCGGAAUCGCUGGCGGAGAUCGAGAGGCUCAAGGAGGAAAGAAAAAAGCCAGCAGAAGUAGAGGGCCAUGUGGAAAGAAAAAAGGCCGCGGAAGAAGAGGGCCACGAGGAGGAAGAGCCAACGGCCCCAAAUGCUGAUCUGGAGGCGGGCAAGAGUCUGCCCUUAAUAUUCGGAGACCCUCCGCCAGAGCUGCUCAACACACCUCUGGAGGACCUGGACCCCUUCUACAAAGCACAGAGCACAUUCAUUGUGAUCACCAAAGGAAACACAAUCUACAGGUUCAACGCUGAACCGGCUUGCUACAUUCUGAGCCCCUUUAGUGUGAUUAGAAGAGGAGCCAUCAGAAUUCUCAUACAUUCAUUAUUUAGCAUGUUCAUCAUGAUUACCAUUCUAUCGAACUGUGUAUUCAUGACGAUGAGCAACCCACCAGCAUGGAGUAAAACCGUCGAGUAUGUUUUUACUGGUAUCUAUACCUUUGAGGCAACAGUCAAAGUGUUGUCAAGAGGUUUCUGUGUUGGAUCUUUUACAUUCCUUCGAGAUCCAUGGAAUUGGCUGGAUUUCAUGGUGAUCAGCAUGGCAUACGUCACUGAGUUUGUUGACCUUGGCAACGUGUCAGCCCUCAGGACAUUUCGUGUACUUCGAGCCCUCAAAACAAUUACUGUGAUUCCUGGUUUGAAAACCAUCGUGGCCGCUUUGAUCCAGUCGGUGAAGAAAAUGGUGGACGUCAUGAUUCUGACCGUCUUCGCCCUCGCUGUUUUCGCCCUCGUCGGCCUUCAGCUCUUUAUGGGAAAUCUGCGUCACAAAUGUGUGCGGUGGCCCAUCGACACAAAUGAAACUGCAUUUGAAUUUUUUAACACCACCGCCACGUUAAACGACACCCUGUCCUUCAACAACACCAUCGGCGUCAAUGAGACAGCAUAUUCCAACAGUACCUUCAAUUUCAUCGAGUAUAUUGAAAACACAGAAAAUCACUAUUUUUUGGAUGGCAGCCCGGAUGCUCUGAUUUGUGGAAACAGCUCUGAUGCUGGAAAGUGCCCAGAAGGAUACACAUGCAUGAAGGCUGGGAGGAACCCCAACUUUGGCUACACCAGUUUUGACUCUUUUGGCUGGGCCUUCCUGGCCCUCUUUAGACUCAUGACCCAGGACUACUGGGAGAACCUCUUCCAGCUGAUCCUGCGGGCGGCUGGCAAGACAUACAUGCUGUUCUUUGUGGUGAUUAUCUUUCUGGGCUCCUUCUACCUCAUCAACCUCAUCCUGGCCGUGGUAGCCAUGGCUUAUGAUGAACAGAAUCAGGCAACUCAGCGAGAGGCCAUAGAGAAAGAGGAGGAGUUCCAGCGGCUACUAGAGCAACUCAAGAAUCAGGAACAGCAGGCUCACGCUCUUGGGAGCCGGCUCACUCUAACUAGUAAGUCACUCAGUCAUCACACCAUGUCUGAGAUGACAGAUGAUGAACCCAGCCCUAACAAUGACGAGAAUAUCAAGGAUUGUAACGGGAGAAUCAUCCCCCGUCUGUUAGUCAGAGCGCCCACCAUGGUCAAGCCCACUACAGAGUAUGAACUCAGUGAGAAGUCAAUAGGCUCUUCUGUGCACAGCAUGCUUCAUCUGGACGAACCGGGCCUGACACAGAAGUCUGUUAGUGCUCUCACUGUGCUCACUGCAGCUGCUAUGGAAGAGUUGGAGGAGGCUCAGAGGCCGUGCCCACCGGGCUGGUACAAGUUUGCCGACAUUUUCCUCAAGUGGGACUGCUGCCCGCAGUGGGUGCUCUUUAAAAAGUGGGUGCACUUUGUGGUGAUGGACCCUUUUGUCGACUUGGCCAUCACCAUCUGCAUCGUGCUCAACACCCUUUUCAUGGCCAUGGAGCACUACCCAAUGACCCCGCAGUUUGACCACAUGCUCUCAGUGGGGAAUCUGGUUUUCACUGGGAUCUUCACAGCGGAGAUGUUCUUCAAGCUGAUCGCCAUGGAUCCCUACUACUACUUUCAAGUUGGCUGGAACAUUUUCGACAGCAUCAUUGUCACUCUCAGUCUGGUGGAGCUGGGGCUGGCCAAUGUCCAGGGGCUGUCUGUCCUCAGGUCCUUCCGUCUGCUUCGUGUCUUCAAACUAGCCAAGUCCUGGCCCACGCUCAACAUGCUGAUCAAGAUUAUCGGUAACUCAGUAGGAGCUUUAGGAAACCUGACUUUGGUGCUGGCCAUCAUCGUCUUCAUCUUUGCCGUGGUCGGUAUGCAACUCUUCGGCAAGAGCUACAAGGACUGCGUGUGCAAGAUCUCCACAGAGUGCGAGCUGCCACGCUGGCACAUGAAUGACUUCUUCCACUCGUUCCUCAUCGUGUUCCGCAUCCUGUGUGGGGAGUGGAUCGAGACCAUGUGGGACUGCAUGGAGGUGGCCGGAGCUGGGAUGUGUUUGGUCGUCUUCCUGAUGGUCAUGGUCAUCGGAAAUCUAGUGGUGUUGAACCUCUUCCUGGCCUUGCUGCUCAGCUCGUUCAGUGGGGACAACCUCUCUGCGGGGGACGACGACGGAGAGAUGAACAACCUCCAGAUUGCCAUCGGCAGGAUCACGCGAGGCAUCGACUGGUUCAAAGCCUUCGCCAUUCGAACUGUCCUGCAGAUUCUCGGCAGGAAGCCCAAAGAGCCGGAGGAGCCCGAGCGGGGUCCGACGGACGACGAGGACCCUAAAGCAGAGGAAAUUGAAAUGAACCACUUGGACACCGGUCAGAAUUUCAAAAUGGCAGAUGGGAUACCUAAUUGUUUGGUUGAAGGCCGGCCCUCUGGAUUUAUUGUGGAUGGAGAACUUAGUCUCAACGUGCCGAUCGCUCAGGGAGAGUCAGACUUUGAAAACCUGGGCGAGGAUGAAGAGGAUGAUGGUGAUAAUGCCAAUGACUCAGAGACUUCAGAUGAGAAAAAAAACAAACACUUUUCAGAAAACUUAGAAGAUGAACAUAGUACGCUGGGAAAUGUCAAACUGAUGGGUGCUUUGACUGAUGGGGAUUCUUCAGUGUGUAGCACAGUGGACUAUCAGCCACCUGAGCCUGAACCAGAAGAAGAGGAGGAAGAAGAGCCAGAACCUGAGGAGCCAGAGGCCUGCUUCACUGACGACUGCGUCAGGCGCUGGCCGUGUCUGACUGUGGACAUCACCGAAGGUAAAGGCAAGAAAUGGUGGAACCUCCGCAGAACUUGCUUCACAAUUGUGGAGCACGACUGGUUUGAAACCUUCAUCAUCUUCAUGAUCCUCCUUAGCAGCGGCGCUCUGGCCUUUGAGGACAUACACAUAGAAAGACGCCGAACCAUCAAAAUUAUUCUGGAGUACGCAGACAAAGUUUUCACCUACGUAUUUAUCAUCGAGAUGCUCCUUAAAUGGAUCGCGUAUGGCUUCAAGACCUACUUCACCAACGCCUGGUGUUGGUUAGACUUUUUCAUCGUAGAUAUUUCCCUGAUUAGUUUAGCUGCCAACUGGAUGGGAUACGCUGAGCUUGGACCAAUCAAAUCCCUCAGGACUCUCAGGGCGCUGAGGCCUCUUCGAGCGCUGUCAAGAUUUGAAGGGAUGAGGGUGGUGGUGAACGCUCUCGUUGGAGCGAUUCCCUCCAUCUUCAAUGUGCUGCUGGUGUGUCUCAUCUUCUGGCUCAUCUUCAGCAUCAUGGGAGUCAACCUGUUUGCUGGGAAGUUCUACCACUGUAUCAAUACCACCUCGGAUGAGCUUUUCCCCAUGGACGAGGUCAACAACAAGAGCGACUGCAUGGCCUUGAAAGAGGCCACAGCGGAGGCCCGCUGGGUCAACGUCAAAGUCAACUAUGACAAUGUGGGACAAGGCUACCUGUCUCUGCUUCAAGUGUCAACUUUUAAAGGCUGGAUGGACAUCAUGUAUGCUGCUGUUGACUCAAGAGAGGUAGAGGAGCAGCCUUCUUAUGAGAUCAACCUCUACAUGUACAUGUACUUUGUCAUCUUCAUCAUCUUUGGCUCUUUCUUCACACUCAACCUCUUCAUUGGUGUCAUCAUCGACAAUUUCAACCAACAGAAGAAAAAGUUUGGAGAUAAAGACAUCUUCAUGACUGAGGAACAAAAGAAGUACUACGACGCCAUGAAGAAACUUGGUUCCAAGAAGCCACAGAAGCCAAUUCCACGUCCAACGAACCUAAUCCAGGGAAUGGUGUUUGACUUCAUCAGUCAGCAGUUCUUUGAUAUCUUCAUCAUGGUGCUCAUCUGCCUCAACAUGGUGACCAUGAUGGUGGAGACGGACGACCAGAGCCCGGAGAAGGAAGACUUCCUGUUUAAGCUAAACGUGGCUUUCAUUGUCGUCUUCACUGGGGAGUGCGUGUUGAAGCUGUUUGCCCUGCGACAGUACUUCUUCACCAACGGAUGGAACGUUUUUGACUUUGUUGUGGUCAUCUUGUCCAUAGCGGGUACAAUGCUCUCUGACCUGAUCGAGAAGUACUUUGUGUCACCGACUCUGUUCAGAGUCAUCAGACUUGCCAGAAUAGGCAGGAUUCUGCGUCUUAUUAAAGGAGCAAAGGGCAUUCGGACGCUUCUCUUUGCUCUCAUGAUGUCACUUCCUGCCCUAUUCAACAUUGGCCUUCUGCUCUUCCUCAUUAUGUUCAUCUUCUCCAUAUUUGGCAUGUCAAAUUUUGCCUAUGUUAAAAAACAGGCCGGAAUUGAUGAUAUAUUUAAUUUUGAGACUUUUGGUGGCAGCAUUAUCUGUUUGUUUGAGAUCACGACGUCAGCCGGCUGGGAUCAGCUUUUACUUCCAAUGCUGAACAAGGAGUAUCCAGACUGCGAUCCAGACAUUGAGAACCCGGGCACGGAUGUAAAGGGGAAUUGCGGCAACCCGGGCAUGAGCAUGAUAUUCUUCUGCAGCUACAUCAUCAUCUCUUUCUUAGUGGUGGUCAACAUGUACAUCGCCAUUAUCUUAGAGAACUUCAAUGUGGCGCAGGAGGAGAGUGGCGACGCUCUCUGUGAGGAGGACUUUGAGAUGUUUAAUGAGACGUGGGAGAAGUUUGAUGUAGGUGGAACUCAGUUCAUUGAGUACAGCCAGCUCUCAGAUUUCUGUGACACCUUGCAGCCGCCACUGAGGGUUGCCAAGCCCAACAGGCUCCGCCUGAUUGAAAUGGAUCUACCCCUGGUCAUUGGGGACCGGAUCCACUGCCUGGAUGUCCUGUCGGCCGUCACGCAGAUGGUGUUGGGAGACACAAUUGAGAUGGUGGCCAUGCGGGAGAGCAUUGAGGCCAAGUUCAUUCUGAGCAACCCCACCUCAGACUCCUUUGCACCGAUCACCACGACGGUGCGCCACAAAGAAGAGAGGAUGGCUGCUGUAGUCAUUCAGAGGGCUUACCGCACCCACCUGCUGAGACGCUGCAUACACCAUGCUGCUUUUAUGCACCGCUGUAAGAGGAUGGGUAGAAAGGACGAAGGUGAAGAUGCACCGGAGAAAGAGGGCAUGCUCGCUCGAAGGAUGGGAGUGCUCUAUGGAAGCAACGUGGACCUUGCAGAGGCGAUGGAGCAGGCUGAUUUAGAAACUCUAGCAAGCCAACAGCCUCCUACUCCUGAGACAGUGUCACAUGACACAGGGGCCCAGAGUGGUCCAGAGGAGCCCCCCGAGCCAAAUGUCAUGGUUGUUCCUGUAGAGAUUACUAAUGAGGUUUUAUUACAUUCUGCCCCGAACCCACACCUCUUUACCCUCCCUGCAAAUCUGAGAGAGACGAUCGUAUAACAAACAGCAGAAGACAAAUAAUUGUCUUCCUCCCUGUUGCUUUUUUUUUUACCAGUCAAUGAAGUAGUGUUACACAGUGCUAAUGAAUAUUUAAACUGCAUUUUCCAUCAUUGACCGUAACAAACAAUUUCUAUUUUUCUAUGUGAUAUUCAAGUGUCUUUUUUGGUUAAAAGUGAAACUGGAGGGCAUGGUUUUCUCUGAUAGUAACCAUAAAGACAUCAGCAAAUAUAAACCAACAUUAAUGCUAAAUGCGAGACGAUUAAAAAUGAACAAGUUAGCAUGUUACAUGAUAAUAAAUUUGGCUGUAAAAACAAAUAGUAAUAUGCUGAAAUAUUCAAUUACAAGUUGUACGUGUUUAAUUGAAGUCCCACUAUAGAGACUAAUGUCUGUGCCUGCAAUGCUUUUCUCUGUGUAUUGUUGAGGGUAAAUGCUACUCAAAUUAACAUUUCCAAAUUAAAAAGCACAUGUAGAGAUGAUUUCUCAGCAUUUAAAGGGGACCUAUUAUGUGUUUUUUAAUUAUCUGCCAUAUUUAUAAUGUUACAAUGCCAUAUGUUCAUAUUAAACGUGGCCAAAGUUUCAGAUAAUUAGUUAAACAUACUUAAAAGUAACCUCAGGCUUUCCAAUGUUUUUUUUUUUCUUCUUUGCCUCUGAGCUGACGUUAGCUUGUGAUGAAUUCUUGCUCGUCUGCUCCAGGCACACUACUGCAAGCUGUGUUUUUGCCCAAGCGUGUUGCACCUAGUCCCGCCCUACUGUGCUGUGAUUGGCCAGUACUAACCCGAACAUGACCUUUUUGCCCUGACUGCCUCCAUUCUGGACGCUGCCAAUGUGACAAGUACUAGCUAAUCACAGCACAG